AAACGAACGUUCUCUCUGUGUGGCAGACUUCCGCCGCCAGUCGCAGUGACCGACAGUGGGCAGAGGGCAAACGAUGGCGAAGGACGACCACGCAGCCGCACCUCUCCUUCAUCUUUCUGCGCUCCUGUGCCUCUUCUGCUGUGCCUCUGGGAUCACUGACGCAGAGGUGGCGAACCGGAACGCCGAUCAGGUGCUGAACUACCUGAAAAACCACGCCGGGGCGGUGACGAGCCUGAGGAGCGGCAAAGGGGGGAGGCUACGCACCAACGGCACUGCCACAGCCCUCAGGGAACUCUGGGAAACGACGCCCUUUCGCUACGCUCACCCGCUGCCGAACGCCCUGCUGGUUUCGCCGUACACGUCAAUCGCCCUGAGGCCGGCAGGCUGGGUGGCUCCCUGGAGCGUCAAGGGCAAGAUCAAGGUGCGUGGGGAGCAGUCUGGUGAUCGGUCACAGGGGCAAACUCGGCUGCUUCCAGACAACAGGACGAUAUGGUUCAAGCCCGACAGAGACUUCUUUCCUGGCGAGAGAGUGUUCGUUGAUGUGCGGAGCGGCAUCAGGACCAGGGUGGGGAAGGUGCUUCCUGCGGCACAGUGGAGCUUCUCCGUCUCCUGGCGCAAGAUCGACACCUAUCGGAACAAGGGCUUCAUCAAGCUGUCUACGGAUGGAAACGGCGCGGGCUUCUCAUCGCCAGAGAAUCUGAAGCUGCUCAAGAUGAUGCGCGACAACGACUGGCUGCUGGGGCUCCCUUCCGUCUCGGCUAAUGCCACUGACAGGGCGGCCACCGCACUGCGGACGGAGUACUUGUUGGAGGUAGAGGAUAGGGGCAGGUCCCGCAUCGUUCCCAAUUCGGCCUACCGCACGCUGCCCUCUACAUACCCCAGGGCCAUCCUGACCCGUGUCGGCGACACCUCGAAGCUCUCUAGUGGGUAUUUGUUCACCACCGAGAUCAGCCACUCGAAGCCCUACAAGACCAUGCAGGUCAUCAUGACCGACAGAGGAGACCCCGUCUACUACGAGAAAGGCACACUGGCGUCGUUUGCGCCGACCCACAAUGGGGAGGUCAUCUUGCGUUCGUCUGGAUACAAGAUCAAGAAGGCUGGACCCGACUACAGGUUGACUGGCGGCUACGAGGCGGGACACGGACAUGGUGAGUGGAAGAAGGGUAUCAUGUGGGAGAGGGAGGCACACAUGGAGGGGCUGAAUGCUAUGAUGGGGUGCUGUCGCCCUUCAGUUCUCAAUCACCACGAGCUGCGAGUGACCAAGUCGGGGACCGCCCUACUGAUCAUGUGAGAGCAGAAAGGAGACCGUCUUGCGUUCGUCGCUUGUUGCCCAUACCUGCCGACUGUGUGGCUGUGAGUGCAGCUAUGAUCCGCAACUGAUGAACUCCAAGAAGAUACGGGCUGACGUCUGGGGCGCGUCCACGAGCACAUGGGUGGCGGGGCUGUGCAUCCAGGAGGUCCUGACCACUGGCGAGGUCAUGUUUGAGUGGCGCAGCUGGGACCAUCUGCCGCGGGUCUAUUGGGAAACCAACAUGAGCGUCGAGCACAACGUUUGGGACUUGACACACGGUACGUGCAUACGCCCAUUCGUGUCAAGGUACAUACCGUACACUCAUUGUGUAUUUCUGGUCUUCCGUCAGCAAACUCCCUCGACGAGUCGCCUGAGGGCAAUAUAAUCGUUUCCCUCCGUGGGCUGCAGCAGGUGGCCAAGAUCAACAGGUCGGUCUUGAUCGAUUGAUGGAUGGAUGGCCCGUCAGCAUGCGCGACUCCGUCAUACUCUCUGCCUCCCUUGUGUGCCUCCCUCCAGGAACACAGGUCGGGUGGAAUGGCGUCUGGGUGGUCGACGGCCCGAGCUGAGCAGCUUCAAGAUCAAAGACGACCCCAAUGGCGUGUUCUCGGGGCAGCACGAUGCGCGGAUCACCAAACAGGGGCUGCUCACGAUGUUCGACAACAGCGUCAGGACGGGCAGCCGCACUGCACGAGCGGUGGAUUACGCCCUUGAGUGGGAGGAUGACAGCCCCGCGAUUGCUCGACAAGUCUCCGUCUUCAACACGGGCGUCUCUGCCUUCGCCAAAGGCAGCUACCGCCGAAUGCCCAACGGUGCGUUCCGUCACUCACACACGUACCUAUGGUCCCUGUGGGCAUCUGAUCAUGGCAUCUGAUGGCAGGCAACCGUGUGAUGUGCCUGGGCAUGCGGCUGACCGCGGACAAGCAUGGCCGGCGCGGCAACCCAUUCUAUCUCGAGACGGACGAAGGGAACAACACACUGGUCAUGAUGCGGUGGGCGAGGGAAACGCACUCCUACCGCGUGAUCAAGGCGCCAUGGUCGGCAAGGAAAACGAGCGCACGGGAGCUAUGCACUUAUGGAUGGAUGGGUGCUGUCGGUGUGUAUGUGGCGACACCUUGUCAGGGUGGGCCUUCCACCAUAUAAGCCCACAGUGCUCUUCGAUGUCAACAACAAAUAUCGCUCGCUCCGGUUCGCUGAGCCACCUAUCUGCAGCCUUGAUCUCGCACUCAUAGUGGUCAGCGGUGUUCGUCCUUUGUCUCGUGUGUGUGCAGCCUUCACUUCUCGUGGAAUGGUGCUACGGAAGUGGCCAAGGUAGGUGCCGUCACAAGCACCGGUCUCGUUGUUUUUUCGUGUGAAUGCGCGUAUGUAUGUAUGCAGUGGCGGGUGCUGGAGGGGCCGACGGACGAGCCAAGCGAUUUCCUCAUUGAGAUGGCGAAGACGCAGUUCGAGCACUGGAUAGAGGUCAACGAAGGCGUGAGACAGUGCCUUUAUUAUCAAGUGGUGAGCAAGCCGACCGAGGCGAGACAGACAGGAAGCAGCUCGAUCUGCGCUCCGCGUGUCCGUCCACUCCCCAAUGUGUUGUGCAGGUACCAAUAGGCAAGAACGGCACAGAGAUGCGGCCGUCUGACGUCGUCAAGUCCCCUGCAUGCGGGUGGGUGAAUUGAGGAUCGUCUGACUGACUGACUCGCAGAGGGAGGGACUCAACCGAGAUGCCGUUUGUCUGUCAUGCGUCUGUGAUUCAGAGGUGGUGCUCUUGGCAAAGGCAAAAAGAGGGUCAAGGCUUUCAUCCGCCCUCCCGGCUUGCCAGAGGCCCAGGCCCAGGCAGCACCAAGGUGCAAUUUGAUGGGAGGCAGGAAGGUGGACUGCGCUCCUGAGCGCCUGAGCAUCACAGCCGACGAGUGCGCGGCGCGAGGCUGCUGCUUUGUCGCAUCGGCAGGCAAGACCAUCCAAGGCCUCAUACGAUGCUACCAGCCAAGAGAGAAUGGGGGAAGGGGUCUUGGCUGGUAGCAUCGUAUGAGGCCUUGGAGAUUAGAUGGUAUCUACCUAUAGUAGGUAUUUAUGUACGUCAACAUUUGUACCUGUGUGCUGUGGGGAGGGAGCGAUGCUUGCACUGCUCUGUGCCGAUCAAAGAAUCAGGUCGGUUGGCCGUCAGGGGGCCGGCCUUUGUGUUGGCUGAUGUACGUACGUACACACGUCUGACUGAUUGACCAAUUGAUGUGCGUGCAUGUCAUUCGUGGCCACUUGGAUGGCUGCCUGGCCUGCACACAUUGUAUGUACAUGAUGCAAUCCAUCCAUCCAUGGAUCUCCUAUCCAUCUGUAUUUGUCGUGUGAGUGUGUGUGUAUGUAUCCAUUUCUUUCUAGUGCAGGCCUGGCUAGUUAGUGCUCGAAUCUCUCCGCUAGCUCAUGCUAUGUAUUUGUGUGUCUCGCCGAGCGACGAUACGUACGCUUCAUUGAUAGUGGGGAUCUGGAUCGACGAUGCACACUGAUUGGUGUUUUUGAACUUGCAGUUACGACUGCCUAGUACUGUGCCAGUACUGCAUAAUACAUCCAAUGCGUGAUAUGAAUGUAAUCAUGUCUCAUGCCU